GGCGUUUUAAUGAUAAACAAUAAAUCCAUCCUUGUUUGACCGUUAACUGUAUCGGUGAAGAAAUCUGGGAGAGUUGGAGCCAUGGAGGACGAGAAGAUCGAAAAGAUUCGUUUUUUAUUUUCUCCUAUCGAAGUUUAGCAGGUGGGAAGAAGCCUUUACGUGUUCGCAACCGAGAGAUUGCCGUCGUCCUCGGCGUCCCCUAUUCCCUCGUGGCGGCGUCUCGAGAGGCGAGAACCGGAUCGCGGAAUAAAAAACGCAGCUUUUGCAAUGGAAGAGCUGUGGCGGCUUCUUGUUGGGCGCACGCUGGUUAGCUGUGGCUGCUGUCGCCAGGCAAGGCCCUGUUGACCUUCUAGAAAUCGCGACUGCAUUUGGGCUCCGAAAGCUCCAGUUUUUAUUAGGAAUAAGGUCUGCGGGAUGUGACUUUGCCUUGCGGGUUAAUCCAUCUCGGCUUGCUGUGUCCCUCUCCGAGAAGCGAUUCCCCAUUUCCCCUCUCGUUCUGUAGUUUCAAAGUCUUCCCGUCGUCGGCCGUGACGUCCAUUGGGAAGAAGGCUGCUAUCGGCGAAUUAUUGCGUUUCUGGAAUCUAAAAGGACUGAUUUUUAUUUCAUUUUACUUUUGUGGGAUUUUACGUUUGAUCGGUCGUUCUGCUUCCCUCUCUUUCUUCUACCUUUUCAUCUCCUUGCUGUGCUGAUCAUGAACUGGAAGGAGAUGGAAUGGGGUUUAGGUUUUGCAGCUUUGCAAGUUUUUUUCCAAAGGAGGCUUUUUCGUGAUGACUCUGUCACCGGGGACCAGGGUUUGAAUUAGUUCCAGUGAAUUAAAGGAGGCUACUUUUUGUCCCCCUCUUUUCCUCUUCAGUUUUCCUCGUCUCUCUAUCUUCAAAUUUCCUUUCUGUAGCUUCCUUCCGGAUUUGGCCUGGUGGAGGAGGUAAAAAUGGAAGGAAGGAGUAGAAGAAGGCUUCUUCGCCUCAGUAAACUGUACAGCUUCGUUACUUGCGGCAGGGCCAGGCCGGAGGAAGGCCAGGGCCAGAUUGGAGGCCCCGGCUUCUCGCGCGUGGUCUUCGCCAAUGAUCCAGAUUGCUUCGAGGCCACGAACCUGGACUAUGUGUCAAACUAUGUCUCCACCACCAAGUACACCUUGGCCACCUUCCUGCCCAAGUCCUUGUUCGAGCAGUUCAGAAGAGUUGCGAACAUGUACUUUCUGGUUGCAGGUUGCCUUGCCUUCACUCCCUUGGCUCCGUACACUGCAGUCAGUGCGAUUCUCCCUCUAAUUGUGGUGAUUGGGGCGACGAUGCUGAAGGAGGCCAUCGAGGACUGGCGGAGAUAUCAACAGGACAUUGAGGUGAACAAUAGAAAGGUCAAAGUGCAUCAAGGAGAAGGCAAGUUCAGUGACACAGAGUGGAAGAAUCUUAGAGUUGGUGAUAUUGUCAAGGUAGAAAAGGAUGAAUUCUUUCCCGCGGACCUUAUUUUGCUUUCAUCCAGUUACGAAGAUGCCAUAUGUUAUGUUGAAACUAUGAACCUUGAUGGAGAAACAAACUUGAAAUUAAAACAGUCAUUGGAGGUGACUGCAGGUUUGCAAACAGAUACCGAUUUUAGUGGCUUCAAAGCAAUAAUUAAAUGUGAAGAUCCAAAUGCAAACCUCUACACUUUUGUUGGAACCAUGGAGAAUGAGGACCAAGAGUAUUCUCUUGCACCUCAGCAGCUUCUUCUUAGAGAUUCAAAGUUGCGUAACACCGACUACAUUUAUGGUGCUGUUGUUUUCACAGGUCAUGACACAAAGGUCAUGCAGAAUGCCACAAGCCCCCCAUCCAAAAGAAGCAAAGUUGAAAGAAAAUUAGACAGGAUUAUUUACCUGUUAUUGUCAUUCCUAGUCCUCAUCUCAUUUAUCGGUUCGGUAUUCUUUGGCAUAUCAACUAAGAAAGAUUCGCGUCGAGACAAUAGAUGGUACCUCGAACCGGAUGAUUCUGACAUUUACUUUGAUCCAGAUAGAGCAGCUAGUGCAGCAGUGCUGCACUUUUUAACAGCUAUGAUGUUGUAUGGUUAUUUCAUUCCUAUUUCGUUAUAUGUUUCCAUAGAGAUAGUCAAGAUCUUGCAAAGCAUUUUUAUCAAUCAAGACAUCCAGAUGUACCACGAAGAAUCAGACAAGCCUGCUCAUGCUCGUACAUCGAACUUGAACGAGGAGCUUGGUCAAGUAGACACAAUCUUAUCAGAUAAGACUGGGACUCUAACUUGUAACUCAAUGGAGUUUAUUAAGUGCUCAAUAGCUGGAACUGCUUAUGGACAUGGUGUGACUGAAGUUGAGAAAGCAAUGGCUAGAAGGAAAGGAGCACUGCUGGUCGAUCAGCCAGACACAGAGCAAAUAAUUGAAGGAAAUCAUGUGGUUGCAAAACCUUCUGUAAAAGGUUUUAAUUUCUCUGAUGAGCGUAUCAUGAAUGGCAACUGGAUUAAUGAGCCUCGCUCUGAUGUCAUUCAUAAAUUCCUUCGAUUAUUGGCGAUCUGCCAUACUGUCAUACCUGAAGUUGAUGAGGUGACAAGAAAGAUAUCAUACGAAGCUGAAUCACCAGACGAGGCUUCUUUUGUUGUUGCUGCCAGGGAACUAGGCUUUGAGUUUUAUCAGAGGACACAAUCAAGUAUCUCUCUGCAUGAGCUUGAUCCAUUGUCAUGGAAACUUAUCGACAGGUCAUAUACUCUACUGAAUAUCUUGGAGUUUAGUAGCUCACGGAAGCGUAUGUCAGUUAUAGUUCGAGAUGAAGAAGGGAAGCUGCUGCUAUUUAGUAAAGGUGCUGACAGUGUGAUGUUUGAGAGGCUUGCUAAAGAUGGGAGAGAAUUCGAGCAAAGUACUAGAGAGCAAAUCAAUGAGUACGCUGAUGCUGGUUUGAGGACCUUGGUUCUUGCAUACCGUGAGCUCGAUGAAGAAGAAUACAUGGAAUUCAACAAGAAAUUCACAGUGGCUAAGAAUUCAGUCAGUGCUGAUAGAGAAGAAAAGAUUGAGGAAGCUGCAGAUAUGAUCGAAAGGAACUUGAUUCUUCUUGGUGCCACAGCUGUUGAAGACAAACUGCAAAAUGGAGUUCCUGAAUGCAUCGACAAGCUAGCCCAAGCUGGAAUCAAAAUAUGGGUACUGACAGGUGACAAAAUGGAAACAGCCAUCAAUAUCGGCUUCGCAUGUAGUCUUUUACGGCAAGGAAUGAUACAGAUAAUAAUUACUUUGGAAUCACCAGAAAUACUUCAAUUGGAGAAAGAUGGGGACAAGGAAACCAUUCUUAAGGCUUCGAAGGAAAGUGUCAUCCGUCAGAUACAUGAAGGGAAGAAACUCCUUGGUUCAUCAAGCACAGAUUCAUUUGCCUUGAUAAUCGAUGGGAAGUCACUUGGAUAUGCUUUGGAAGAUGAUGUCAAGAACAUGUUCUUGGAGCUGGCAAUGGGAUGUGCAUCUGUUAUAUGCUGCCGGUCUUCUCCCAAGCAGAAGGCACUUGUCACGCGCCUUGUAAAAGCCGGUACUCGUAAGGUGACAUUAGCAAUCGGUGAUGGUGCCAAUGAUGUCGGCAUGCUUCAGGAAGCUGAUAUAGGGAUUGGAAUCAGUGGUGCUGAAGGAAUGCAGGCUGUCAUGUCCAGUGAUGUUGCUAUUGCUCAGUUUCGCUUUCUAGAACGUUUACUACUGGUGCAUGGGCACUGGUGUUACCGGAGGAUUUCAUCAAUGAUAUGUUACUUCUUCUACAAGAACAUAACUUUUGGUGUCACGCUCUUCUUGUAUGAGGCAUACGCAUCUUUUUCUGGAAAAACCGCUUAUAACGAUUGGUUCUUGGCAUUGUAUAAUGUCAUCUUCACCUCUCUUCCAGUGAUUGCUCUCGGGGUCUUUGACCAAGACGUUUCAGCUAGAUUUUGUUUAAAGUUCCCCAUGCUUUACCAAGAAGGUGUACAAAAUGUUCUCUUCAGCUGGUCUCGGAUCCUUGGCUGGAUGUUCCUUGGCCUUUGCAAUGCCAACAUCAUCUUCUUCUUCUGUAUAAGUGCUAUGCAGCAUCAGGCCUUCCGUCGAGGUGGUCAGGUAGUCGGCCUUGAGAUACUUGGCGCCGUCAUGUACACGUGUGUAGUUUGGGUUGUCAACUGCCAAAUGGCUUUGUACAUCACCUACUUCACCUUGAUACAACACAUCUUCAUCUGGGGAAGCAUUGCCGUAUGGUACCUCUUUCUAGUUGUUUAUGGAGCCAUACCUCCCUCCAUAUCGACCACCGCAUACUUGGUGUUCAUUGAGGGAUUGGCACCAGCCCCCUCCUACUGGAUUGCCACACUUUUUGUCGUCACCGCGGCCGUCAUCCCGUACUUUACUUAUUCAGCAAUCCAGAUGCGAUUCUUCCCAAUGUACCAUAACAUGAUUCAGUGGAUAAGGUAUGAGGGAAAGGCAGAAGAUCCUGACUACUGUCACAUGAUCCGACAGAGAUCAGUGAGACCAACAACUGUCGGGGUCUCUGCUCGACUUGAUGUGAAGCUAUCUGUUGCUUCUGCACAAACUUUACUUCCAAGCCGAUCGGCAGCACUUGCUCGCGGACAAAACGAGCAUGCCAAGUGAGAACAACUUGCGAGGGCGGACACUGUCAAGGGAGUUGUUCAACAUAGAAGCUUUGUUACUGUUGUAUAAUUAGCUCCUUUGGAUUCAUAGAGAAGUAAAUUCAUAUAAACUUGUAAAUUUUGAUUUAUGGUCCUUUUUGGGUCACAUUAAUUUGUUUAUUCUACAUCUUGUGAUAAGUGUGCCAAGCUAUUGUAUAGGAUCA